AUGGGCCACAAGCAGUACCUGGCUGUAGGCCAGUCAGCGAGGAACCGGCUCUUCGGGCUGACGCCGAGGAUAUCAGGCGACAAGCGCACCGUGCCACUGAACAUGCUGAUCUCGCAGCAGGGCAAAAUCAACCAUGGACGUCUCGCGGUUAUAAUGUUCAGCAUAUGCACAGUGGUACUGGGGAUAAUACUGUCGUUUGUGCCCUGGUUGGACUACAUCAUCUUCAGGGAGUUGAGGCUGUGGAACGGUUCACUGAGCUACAGCUACUGGCAAAAGCCGGGGGUGGUUCGGCUCACGAAAGUGUACAUAUUCAACGUGACCAACCCCCAGGGGUUCAUCGAGAACGGCGAGAAGCCGAAGCUGGCCGAGGUGGGGCCUUUCGUGUACAGGGAGGACAUGGAGAAGGUGAACAUCAAGUUCCACGACAACGACACGGUGACCUUCCAGCACAACAAGAUAUUGCGGUUCGUUCCCGAGCUGUCAGCGGACAUGACGCAGAAGCUUGUUGUGCCGAACAUACCGCUGCUGACAGUGACGUCAUUCUCGCCGAACCUGGUAGGCUUCGUGUUCAACCUGCUGGUGACGGGACUGGCAAUCACCUACAAGGAUCGCGCGAAACCUUUCGUCCACGUCACCGCCGAGGAGCUCGUCUUCGGGUACAAUGACCCGCUAGUGACUCUCGCCCACUACUUCUACCCCAAGGGGAAGCGCCCCAACUCUCAGAUGGGAUUACUGCUUGCCAGAAACGGCACCCUGGAUGAGGUGUCGACGAUCUACUCCGGACAGAAGAUGGACCGGUUCGGUUACCUGGACAAAGUGAAUGGCCUAGACCAUUUACCGCACUGGAAGGAUAAGCCCUGCAAUAAUAUAAGGGCGUCCGAGGGCUCCUUCUUCCCGCCGCGCUCCGUCACCAAGUCCGACACCGUCUACGUAUACGACAAGGAUCUGUGCAGGAUCAUGCCCCUUAAGUACAGACGUGAGAUCUACAAGGACGGCAUACAAGCGGGCGUGUACACCCCAUCUAGUUCAACUUUCGAGUGCGCCGACAUCAACCCCGAUAAUAAAUGCUACUGCGAAGGAGAGCAGUGCCCACCCAGGGGGUUGCAGAACAUAAGCCCGUGCCAAUACAACGCCCCUGUCUUCCUGUCUUAUCCCCACUUCUUCGACGCGGACCCCAAUCUACUGGAGCCCUUCGAAGGCCUGAAGCCCGACAAGAAGCGGCACGAGACAUAUUUUUAUAUACAAGAUAAAAUAGGUGUUCCACUGGAGGGAUUUGUGCGUGUCCAGAUGAACCUGAAAGUGAACCGGGCUCCCAACAUCAAGGUGAACAACAUCCACAAGUUCCCCGACAUCAUGUUCCCAGUCAUGUGGAUUGAAGAGGGCAUCCACGAGGUGACGACACCAAUAUGGCGGUGGAUAUUCCUCGCGACGACCGUCGGUCCCGUUGCGGCACCGGCCAUCUCCUACUCCAUGAUAAUCAUCGGGCUGUCCAUACUUAUCACGGUGUUCGUCCGAGCGUACAAGAGCUUCGUGAUAGGUCAGAACUCGAUAGAGAUCGUCGAGCUGGGGCGGGAGACGAUACGCAGGGGGUCCACGCUGAUCGUGCACGGGUCCCACCGGCUGGUGCCUAGGGACAACGUGUACCAGCCCCUCAACCGAUCCAGCCCCUCAACCCCCAGCAGCUGCGACAGCCGGCUGCACGAGCUAAAGUCGGUCAGCAGGACGGAGAGCUUCGGCCACAGCCUAGACGACCUCAAGAGGGGCAGGCGCGACUUCGUGAGGUCCAACUUCAGCGACGCCGAGCGCGAGACCCUGAUAAGGUCGGACAACUCGUUCAUACUGUCGGAGCACAGGCACUGUAGAGUCUUCAAGUUACCUGAUAGUUAUUUUAGU